AGCAGCUGAGCACUUUUCCCACUCCCCAAAAAAACAAAACCAAAACAAUAUUGGGUGAGGGUGGGUAAUUUUAUCUAAAUACUGGUACAGUUGUCCUUUUAUUGGUUACUAUAGAAAUAUUAAUGUGGCGGUUCUGCUUAUUUCUAAUUCUCUACUUGCAGAAUCUCCCUGAAUGAUUAUUUUUUUAUACCGCUCACUCCCAUUCAUUCUUCUGCGGCAGCCCAGCUAAUUAUAUUGGAUAAAUCUAGUUUUUCAGUUUUUUUUAAUAAAUGCGUCCACGUGCGUUAAAAUGGUUUUGUUUGGUGGCAACGUUGGCUGUGAGCGCUGUUUUCUAUGGGCAUUAUUAUACGUCGUUGGUGCCCCCAAACAGUGCCCGACAGGAAGAUGAGGCUCUGGUAUCACCCUCUGAAGACUCAGAUGAAAUGCAGGAAGCUGGGAACCUUCCUGAAUUAAAAUGGAUAAGUCAAGAGUUGAAUAAUGAUGACGUAAGGGAAAAGGAUGAAAAAGUGAGAAAGAAUGAAGAAAAGAGUCAAGAUGAAGUAAGCAAGCAGAAUGAAGAAAAGAGUCAAGAUGAAGUAAAGAGGCAGAAUGAAGAAAAGAGUCAAGAUGAAGUAAAGAGGCAGAAUGAAGAAAAGAGUCAAGAUGAAGUAAAGAGGCAGAAUGAAGAAAAGAGGCAGGAUGAAGUAAAGAGGCAGAAUGAAGAAAAGAGGCAGGAUGAAGUAAAGAGGCAGAAUGAAGAAAAGAGUCAAGAUGAAGUAAAGAGGCAGGAUGAAGUAAAGAGGCAGAAUGAAGAAAAGAGUCAGGGUGAAGUAAAGAGGCAGAAUGAAGAAAAGAGUCAGGAUGAAGUAAAGAGGCAGAAUGAAGAAAAGAGUCAGGGUGAAGUAAAGAGGCAGAAUGAAGAAAAGAGUCAGGAUGAAGUAAAGAGUCAGAAUGAAGAAAAGAGUCAGGAUGAAGUAAAGAGGCAGAAGGAUGAAGGAAGGAGACAGGGUAUCAGUGCAAGCUCUGAGCUAAAGGUACAUGAAAGUCAAAAUGGGAAGGUGCUGACUUUCAACAAAGGAGACCAAGAGAAAAAGGUUCUCUCCAGCACAUCCUGCUCCACAGCCCUCCAGCUGCGGGUAAAGGAUGAUUCAGUACUUGGAAAGAUGUUUGAUUUUGAGGUGCCCCUACUGAUGUGGGACACUCACAUGACUGAGAAUUCAUGGGGCAAUCUCUCCAAGAAACCUGUGCCAUAUGGCUGGAAAGAUUUGCCUAAGCAAGAUAUUGCCUCUACCCUGAAGGCGCUAAAUGACUCUGCAAACCAAGGCAUGUUUGACUGGCAGCGCCCUCAGGGGUGCGUGAGCUGUGCUGUGGUGGGGAAUGGGGGCAUCCUCAAUGGGUCGCGUAAAGGUAGUGAAAUCGACCAGCAUGAUUAUGUAUUCAGGCUGAAUGGAGCAAUAACUGAAGGCUUUGAGAAAGAUGUUGGUACUAAGACUUCAUUCUAUGGUUUCACUGUCAAUACCAUGAAGAACUCACUAAUUGGUUACCAAGAAUAUGGCUUUAAGGGUACUCCGAAAGGUCUGGGAGUCCGAUACAUUUUCAUACCCUCUGACCUGCGAGAUUACAUUAUGCUACGUUCUGCCAUCUUAGGUGUUAAGGUGCCUACUGGUUACGAUAAAGGGGAUGAGCCAACUGAAUAUUUUGGACCAAUUCCAUCACCCAAGAAAUUCAAAUUCCUGCACCCAGAUUUUGUGUACUAUCUCAAAGAAAGUUUCCUAAAAUCAGAGCUAUUAAAAUCAGAAUAUGCCAGCCUGUAUAUGCCGAGCACAGGGGCUCUGAUGCUGCUAGCUGCUCUACACAGCUGUGACAAGGUCAGUGCCUAUGGAUUCAUCACUCAAAAUUACAAUCAGUUCUCUGAUCAUUAUUAUGAGCGACAAAAACAGCCACUUAUUUUUUAUGCUAAUCAUGAUAUGUUGAUGGAGAUGAAGCUAUGGCAAACUCUACACAAGAAAGGGAUAAUGUGGCUGUACCAGAGGUGAGAGGAGACCAGCCGCCAUGUAUUUCAUAAUUUAUAUUUGUGGAAAGCCUGAAAACUCCAUAUGGAUGUUUAGGGGGAAUGUGAAUCAAGACGCCUCACCCAGGGUUCAUUUGUGGACAUUUUUUUGUGACUUUGGAGGAGACUCCCAAUGCAAAUUAGCUUCUACAGUUUUAUGUGUGCGAGCUACACUGAGCCUCUGGACUGAAGGGCCUCUCCAAUUUAAAUUACCAUUUCCAUUGCUUUUGAGCAAACAAAGGAUUGUCAUACAUUUCUGCCAUUUCCAGAUUUGAGGUAUUAUGAAAUGCAUACACUUUAUAGGUUAAAUGGACUGUGGUCUUAUAUUACCUCUCUUUGUUCAAAUUUUUAAAAAAUGCAAAUAAGUUUACACUUUAUUUUAACUUGCAGACAAAGUUUAUAUGUAAUUUGUUAAUGAGCUAUUUUACUGAGUUCCUGUUCUGCAGGGACAUCAGAACGUACCGUCAUUUCUGUGACUCCAGUUUAAAUGAUGGUUUCCAUGGUAAAUGGAAUCUUUGAUCUGUGCCUUCUUUUAUCCCCUAUGUGACUAGAGGGGAGCUAAUGUGAAGUUUAUAAACCCCUUUUGGGGCCUUUAUAGAGAUUAUUUUUAAAAUAAAGUUUUUAUAUAUAUAUAA